AUGGGAGGCUGUGCGGGAAAGGCACGUCAUGAUGACGACGAAGACAGGCUCAAUUUCAAAGGUGGAAAUGUGCAUCUUAUAACAACUAAAGAGGGCUGGGAGCAGAAGAUUGCAGAAGCAAACAGAGAUGGGAAAACCGUUGUGGCGAAUUUCAGUGCUUCCUGGUGUGGGCCAUGCCGUGUCAUUGCUCCUGUCUAUGCUGAGAUGUCAAAGACUUACCCCCAACUCAUGUUCUUGACAAUAGACGUCGAUGACCUGACGGACUUCAGCUCGUCAUGGGACAUCCGCGCAACGCCGACAUUCUUCUUCCUCAAGAACGGGCAGCAGAUCGACAAGCUCGUCGGCGCGAACAAACCUGAGCUCGAGAGGAAAGUGCUAGCAGCCGCUGGUGCCAGUUCGUCCUAG